UCUUCCUUUCUUAGCAGUUAGCUGGAAGGAGAUCCCUGUGAAGCGGCGGCGGCUCCCAUACUACGGCCAUGGCUGACUAUUCAACAGUGCCUCCACCUUCCUCUGGCUCCGCUGGUGGUGGUGGCGGUGGCGGCGGUGGUGGAGGAGUUAACGAUGCUUUCAAAGAUGCGCUACAGAGAGCCCGGCAGAUUGCAGCAAAAAUUGGGGGUGAUGCUGGUACAUCAUUGAAUUCAAAUGACUAUGGUUAUGGGGGACAAAAAAGGCCUUUAGAAGAUGGAGAUGGCUCUUGGACAAGUCCGAGCAGUACAACACACUGGGAGGGAAUGCCCUCUCCUUUUAAAGAUCAACCAGAUGCUAAGAAAGUUGCUCCUCAAAAUGAUUCUUUUGGAUCACAGUUACCACCGAUGCACCAGCAGCAAAGCAGAUCUGUGAUGACAGAAGAAUACAAAGUUCCAGAUGGAAUGGUUGGCUUUAUAAUUGGCAGAGGAGGUGAACAAAUCUCACGCAUUCAACAGGAAUCUGGAUGCAAAAUACAGAUAGCUCCUGACAGUGGUGGCCUUCCAGAAAGGUCUUGUAUGUUAACUGGAACACCUGAAUCUGUCCAAUCAGCAAAACGGUUACUGGACCAGAUUGUCGAAAAGGGCAGACCAGCCCCUGGCUUUCAUCAUGGCGAUGGACCUGGAAAUGCAGUUCAAGAAAUCAUGAUUCCAGCUAGCAAGGCAGGAUUAGUUAUUGGAAAGGGAGGAGAGACUAUUAAACAGCUGCAGGAACGGGCCGGAGUUAAAAUGGUUAUGAUUCAAGAUGGGCCUCAGAACACUGGUGCUGACAAACCUCUUAGGAUUACAGGAGACCCAUACAAAGUUCAACAAGCCAAGGAAAUGGUGUUAGAGUUAAUUCGUGAUCAAGGUGGUUUCAGAGAAGUUCGAAAUGAGUAUGGGUCAAGAAUAGGAGGAAAUGAAGGGAUAGAUGUCCCCAUUCCAAGAUUUGCUGUUGGCAUUGUAAUAGGAAGAAAUGGAGAGAUGAUUAAAAAAAUACAAAAUGAUGCUGGUGUUCGAAUUCAGUUUAAGCCAGAUGAUGGAACAACACCUGAUAGAAUAGCUCAAAUAACCGGACCUCCAGAUCGAUGUCAACAUGCUGCAGAAAUUAUCACAGAUCUUCUUCGAAGUGUUCAGGCUGGUAAUCCUGGUGGACCUGGACCUGGUGGUCGAGGAAGAGGUAGAGGUCAAGGCAACUGGAACAUGGGGCCACCGGGCGGACUACAGGAAUUUAAUUUCAUUGUGCCAACUGGGAAGACUGGAUUAAUCAUAGGAAAAGGAGGUGAGACCAUAAAAAGCAUAAGCCAACAAUCUGGUGCCAGAAUAGAGCUUCAGAGAAAUCCUCCACCUAAUGCAGACCCUAACAUGAAGCUAUUUACAAUUCGUGGUACUCCCCAGCAAAUAGACUACGCUCGGCAACUCAUAGAAGAAAAGAUUGGUGGCCCUGUAAAUCCUUUAGGGCCACCUGUACCCCAUGGGCCCCAUGGUGUCCCAGGCCCCCAUGGGCCUCCUGGGCCUCCAGGGCCUGGAACUCCAAUGGGACCGUACAAUCCUGCACCUUAUAAUCCAGGACCACCUGGCCCAGCUCCUCAUGGUCCUCCAGCCCCAUAUGCUCCCCAGGGGUGGGGGAAUGCAUAUCCACAUUGGCAGCAACAGGCUCCUCCUGAUCCAGCCAAGGCAGGAACGGAUCCAAAUUCAGCAGCUUGGGCUGCUUAUUAUGCUCACUAUUAUCAACAACAAGCACAGCCACCACCUGCAGCACCUACAGGCGCACCAACUCCAACCCAGACGAAUGGACAAGGUAACUAUGGAGAUCAACAGAAUCCAGCUCCAGCUGGACAGGUGGAUUAUACCAAGGCCUGGGAAGAAUACUACAAGAAAAUGGGUCAAGCGGUUCCUGCGCCUGCUGGUGCGCCCCCCGGUGGCCAGCCUGAUUACAGCGCAGCCUGGGCUGAGUACUAUAGACAGCAGGCCGCCUACUAUGCUCAAACAAGUCCCCAGGGCAUGCCGCAGCACCCGCCUGCACCUCAGUGCCUUCCCAGACCUUCCACCUUAGGUUCUGCUGCAAAAAGCAACAGUGCUGAAGAUGCUGCAAGCACCAAAUCAUAGCUCAUAAAAUCAGGUCCUGAGAUAGUUACCCAUAAAGAGGAAUCCUUUGAGUGUAUGCCAUUGGUGAGCCGAUGAGCAUGGACCAUAGAAGGGCUCAUGUAGAAGGUAAAAUUGGCAAGUCAUUGAGAAAUAUGAAAUGUAUUCCCAUACAUAAUAUGGUAUAGGGUGUAAUGUACCUGCUUUUGAUCACUUUUCCUUUUAAAGUGCUAUUUGGUUGAUUUUUAAUGUCCCAUGAACUGUUAAAUUUCUUAAGUUAUAUAGUUACUGCACCACAUUUAUGUGUUUGUGUGUUUUGAUGAUCAAUGCUAGGUAUGUGAAAAUUGACAGCAGUAAAGGGCCUUAAGAGCUUGUCAAGUUCUAAGUAGUUGUAGUUUGCAUUUUUAUUAAAGAAUAUAGAUGAAUGCUAAUAGGUAUUUGGGCAUUGUUUAUAUCUCCUGAGAUUUUUUUUUUAGUUCGUUAUCAUAAGCCUUCACUGGUACUACGAGCAUUUUUUUUAAAUGGCGCUAAUCUUAACCUUGAAAUACAUGGAAAGCCGAAAAGGUGAGCCAGUUGACUUGAAUGCAGUGUAUGUGCAGGGGUGGUGGAAAAAUAAUGUUUAGUUUAGAUUGAAGUUAAACUGAUUUAUUUGAUUUAGCACUUAAGCAAAAAUUUGAGAACUUUUUAAAAGACAUCUUAGUGUGGUGAUAAUACUUCUAUCAUUUGUUUCUUUUAGAAAUGAGAAAGUAUAGUUUUGCUUUUUAAUGAAAAUAGUUUUAAUAUUAAAACUAGUGAUUUGGUUCUAGUUGUUUAUUAACACUGUAAAAUACAUCCUUAAACAUCUUGGUAGAUAAUUAAUAAGGGAAAGUUCCAGUAGAAAUAGAGUACCUUCAGAAGGAAUUAGUAUAUUAAAAAGUGGUAACACAAUUUGUUUGAAUACUCUGCCAAUAGAACCAGUUCUAUCUGGAAAGUUAUCUCUUGUCUAGAAUAAUGAUACAGAGUUUAGCCAUCAGUGAAGAUGUCUUACUUUUGUUCUCUGUCUGCAAAUUCUGCCUCAUUUUAAAAUGCAUUUUAACAAUACUUAAAGAUAAUUUUGACUCUGAAAAUAACCUUUUUGUUUAAUCAGUCACUUGACUUUUCUUACCACAACAAACUUUUGAGGGAUUUUUUAAUUGGUGCUUUUACAAAGCAAAACCCGGGGUUUUAUUUUCUUUGGUAAUACCCCCUAAAGAAACAGUUAAAUGUAUUUGCCGAAUAUAUAUUCUUUUCUUAUGCAUGCUCAAUGCAUUUUCGUCCUGAGAAAAGUGUUCUCUACAGAAACUACCCGUGUGUAAAAAGAAGAUUGGCUUAAAAUGGCUACUGUGAUGGGAACAGUGUCUUAGGGAGAUGCAGCUUGGACUUGAGGUAAAUUGAAUACUUUACAAACUGUGGUUUAGACUUUGCUUUAAUGACGCUGUAUGUAAAGGAUACGUGAUUGCUGUGAUUUUGUAUUCAUUAUGGUCUCAAUAAAAAAAUAAAUGUACAUUGACAAAUA